UCUGUCCAUGUUUUGGAAACAAACAGUAGAAGAAAACGACGGAACUUCUGUGAAAUCCCUUUCAUUUUUAACACUCAUAAGGGCAUAAGAAGAAAAUCUGACAGAACACUGACACUUCCAAAUGUAUACACUAUACAUGAGAAUUUUGGAGUUGUGUUGGCAGUUGGAACAGGUAUAUGCAGAAAUUGCAGAAAAGAAUUAUUGGAGGCUGAAAUUUUCAAUGAAAAUGAGUCUGAGCAGCUGUUUAGCAUUGAAGACUCAUUCGAAGAUUGUAACCCGGUUCCAUUAAAACGUACGAGAAAGGCAGCGCUGCCAGCUGCAGAAAUCGCCUGGACAGACUUCACAGAGAGCAGUCAGGAAAAUAGUCUUAGUCAAUCUUCCUCAGUUUCCUGCUGGGAUGAUAAUCGCAGUCUUGAUGCUCCCCGAGAAGCUUUGAACACGUUGCUUAGUUUGUCAGGAUUAAGCCCCGUUAAAAAGUUACAAGGGCAGAUAACUGAAGCCAGCAGAAGAACCCAACAUCGAUACAUAUCGAAAGCUGCUCAGUGCUUUGAUUUGAUAUGCAACACCAUUUGUCCUGGAGAAGCUGAAUUUAUUAAAUCCGCUAUAUUUCAAGAACAGCAGAAUAAAGAUCAGGAUACGCCAACCUUCAAUACUCUUGUGGAGAUAUAUAAACGAGCAGAAACAUGGCACCUACAGAGGCAAAUUCUGUCAAUCAUAUCUGACCAACACAGCUUCGAAGAAGUGAAGAAACUUGUUCCUGACGUGACUCAGUACAAAUUUAAGGCUGCUAAACAGCAUUGCAACCAGUUUGGUAUUGGAGAGCCUGUGUCCAAGAGAAAACAAGUCAGAGAAAAGUUUGAUGUUAGUCAGCUGGAUCACUUCAUUGAUUUCAUACUCUCCAGUCAUAUUAUAAAAGAUCAGCCUUUUGGAGAGAAGACAUUGAAACUACCAUGUGGAGAAAUAAUCAAGAUACCAAGUGUGAUAAGAAGUCUUGCGCCAUCAAGGAUAAUAGCCCAAUACACAGCAGUAUGCAAUGAAGAGAACAUAAAGCCAUUAGGUUCAAGCACAUUGUACAAACUCCUAGAUGACUGCUCUGCAUUGGUCAGGCAAAGCAUUGAAGGUCUUGACAACUAUGUUAUGGAGGGUUGUAGAGCUUUUAAAGACCUAGAGUCGGUAGUCCAAGACCUUGGAUUGACAAGCAUGGAAUCCAACUCUGUGCAAGAAAAUCUGCAAAAUGCAAAGCGAUACCUUAAAUCUGAGCUAAAGGUACAUGUCACAAGGGAAAACCCAGUUGCUGAUCAUUGCCUGUCAUAUGCUCUGAGUUCAACAGAUUCCAACUUCAAAACUUUAUGUGAUCAUAACCAUGACUCAUCAUGCCAAGAGUGUGUAAACAUGAAUACCACUUUAAACUUCAUCAAGAGCAAGGCGGAGAUACAUGAAUGGAGAAACAAGGAAGCUGUUUUGUACACUGUAGAAGAGUCGAUAUCGGCAAUACGGAACUGGAAAAGCCAUGUGAUUCGUUCAAGAAACCAGGAGGAGGCUAGAUCCGUGAUUGUUGACAACAUGACAAAUGUUGAUGCUGUCAUCACUUGUGAUUGGGCUAUGAAAUUUCUUCCAAGGAAAUAUAGAGAAGGACAAGUAGACUGGUUUGCAAAGAGGGGCAUAAACUGGCACAUAACCGUUUCACUUCUAAAACAUCAUUGCUCCUAUUCUACGAUAACGCACAUCCAUAUAUUUGAACAACCAACAGCACAGGAUGCAGCAGUCACAUCACAGAUCCUUGUGGAUGUUUCAAAGGAUAUAAUGGCCCUUAAGAAAGAUGUAACCCGGUUGCAUUUUUUCUCAGACAAUGCUGGAUGUUACAAAAGUUCCUCCACACUGUUGACUCUUCAACAUGAACUUCCCUCCAGUAUAGUGUCCUACAACUUUUGUGAGGCACAGAAUGGAAAAGGGCCAUGUGAUAGACGUGCUUCUCACAUCAAAUCCAUCAUCAAACGCCAUGUCAAUGAGGGCAAUGAUGUCACAACAGCACAGCACAUGAAACAGGCUGUAGACAAGGAAAAUAAAGAUGACCUUAGAGUCAAAGUUGUCACAUCUGUAAACAUUUUGGAUGCAACACCCAGAAAAAGCACCAUACCAUGUAUCUCGCAGAUGUACAACUUCCAAUUUACAGAAAGUGGACUCAGGAUGUGGAAAGCCUAUUCAGUUGGUAAAGGAAAGUUACUAACCUGGGAUCAUCUAAGUGCCCCAGAAAAUUCUGUAGAACUAAAGACAGUGGCUGGAUGGAUUGGCGGAGGAAUUUCAGAAAUGGAAGAAGAAACUCCUGAGGACACUAGUGAGGAGAAUCCAUCUAGAUCAUCUGUUCUGGAAUGUCCGGAGGGAAGUUGCUCCAAGACAUUCUCUACACAAAAGGCUCUUGAAAAUCAUGUAAACAUGGGCAACUGUAGUUUCAGAAGCGAUGCCAAAAUGAACGUUUCAGAGAAGGCAAAGAGGAUGUAUGCAGAUAAGAUUUUGUCUUUCCAGCCACAAAGAUCUGUGGUUUUAGAGUCCCACAGCAAUACUGAUGUAUGUAGAUGUUCAGAAUUAGACAUGGGAUGGGCCAUUAAAGAAAACAGACAAAGAGUAACUUUCACUUCUGGGCAGAAAGCUUUCAUGACAGAGAAGUUCGAUAUUGGGAAGAGGACUGGCAAUAAAGUAGAUCCGUAUAUUGCAGCGGAGGAGAUGAGGAAUUGUGGACUGUUUAGUAGGUCAGAAUUCCUUUCUGGUCAGCAGAUAUCUUCUUUCUUCUCCCGUCUUUGUCAAAAGGAGAAGAGGAUGACUGCUGCAGAUUUCUGUGCCUCAGAGGAAGAAGACCGAAAAGAUCAGAUAAGGAAUCUCCUAUUAGAUCAAAAUAAUUAGGCGUAGGGGUGAGGGGUGGGGGAGAUCGAUUAUAUCUGUUGAUUAGCUUUUAAAUUUGAUAUGUAAUACAACAUUGUACUAGUUUUUCAACAUAUG